CCUUUCUCUUUAAGGUUCGACUCGGUAAUCACGUGUCCGGAGUUGCAGGGUCAAAAAGUUUGACAGAAGCCCGUGUAGACAUAUAGUUUUGUUUUGUUUCCUAUUGUUUUUGUUUUCUUUGAGGCAGGCAUCAAACGGGGUUCCUGAAACUCUUGAUCAGCAUUAUAUGCUCGCUAAUCUUGCAUAAGGGUAAAGUUUUUUCCGUUUUUCCAUUUCCUAUCUCAGAGUAGGCAGACCCUUUCCACAGUAGCAAUGGCCGGAGUUAUUCAGCAAGUGACAACGGGACUUCGUCUCGACCUGGGACCUCUGAAGGAGCCAUUAGGAUUUAUUCGCGUCCUAGAAUGGGUUUUCUCCAUAUUUGCCUUUGCCACGGCUGGUGGAUAUUCAGGAACCACUCAGGUCAAAGUGACAUGUACAGGAUCGGAUGCGGUCAGCAUCAAUGCUGACUUCCAUUACCCUUUCAGACUCCUAGGUCAAUCAUUCAAGAUCCCGACUUGUAGUAAUGACACCAAGUUGGACAUCAACCUUAUAGGAGACUUAUCAUCAUCAGCCGAGUUCUUCGUCUGCAUCGGCGUGUUCGGCUUCCUGUACUGCACAAUCGCCCUGGUGCUCUACUUGUGCUACCAGCACGUGUACCGUGAUGGCACCCGAGGCCCCAUGAUUGACCUGAUUGUGACGGGGGCCUUUUCCUUCCUCUGGCUGGUCUCUUCCUCAGCCUGGGGUAAGGCCUUGACUGACAUCAAGUGGUUCACCAACCCGCAGACCGUUGCUGAUACCAUUACCGCCUUAAAAGAUUUUAAGGGAACAUGCAGUCCUGGACAGGGCCCAGCCAUGGGCCGCCUCAACGCCUCCGUGAUCUUUGGAUUCCUCAACCUCAUCUUGUGGGGGGGCAACUGUUGGUUCAUCUACAAGGAGACACCGUUCCACAAGCCCGUCAGCCCUCCCGUCAUUGAGGAGGGACCUGGAUCUUCUUAAUCGAAUCCCUCAGAAUCGCCGAUAAAGCCCCCACCACUAUCAGCCCAUCAUCCAAAGGGGGGGGGAGGGAGGAGCUGGGUCAGGAACCCAUGGUCAUGUGUCUGCAAGAGUCCUGAUAUGAGCAUGACGAUGCUCCAGUUUUCAUUGCUGGUGUUGAGCUUCAGCUUUCAAAAAUCACGUCGGACAGCUGGAGCCCAGACCCACAAGGGAAACUGCAGCAGCAUAUCCAGCCCUGUUAUCUGAUUACUAUUAAUUAUUCCGUUUUAUCUUGUUGUGACCUUUCCAUAGUAGUAUUGCAAUUCAGUGUUUCAACGCCAAAUCGUUUGAUUUUUAAUUGUAAGCAACAUUAAUCCCCUCACCCAACAAUUAACGUAGUUCGUCACAGUGUAUCAUUUUUCGAUACUGAAAUUCAAGCACUUUUUUUUUUUUUUUUAUUUUAAAUUCUCUUUUUUUGGCUGUAUGUGCUGCAAGGUCAGCUCUAGUCAGACUGGGGUCUUGGUGACUGGUAUUUCACCCAAAACAUCAACAAGAAGAAUAUGGUAACUUUAAAACACUCAGUUCUUAAUUUGCAACAUUUUGUGUAUAAGGGAAGCUACCAGCUUCUUGAACUGCUAUAAUUUUUUUAUAAACCUCAUUACAAUGCUUCGUUAGAAAUUUGAGCUGUUUGGCUUUCCCAAAGGAAUAGCCAUUAGUUUAGGCUUUUUUCUAUUAGUCAUUUUUAUUAAUAUUAAUAUUGUUACUGUAAUGUCACUGUGCUUGAUGUUUGCCUCACAAGUUGAGGUGAGGUUAACUUGAGAAGAUUAAACUCCUGCCAUGGAGUGAUGAUGUCAGAUUGUUUCCUGCUGUAUUUCACCAAAUGGCUGUGGCACUUAUUUAAGUAGCUGGCAGUGAGUCGUCUUUUUAAGCAUCUUUCUGUUUUGUUUAUGUACUGCAUCAGGUUUGAAAUUGAAGUAGUUGACACAUACUGGCUAUUUCUGUUAAAGUGUACUUUAACCAGUUGAUUGGUAAGUGGGCGGGUUUGUUUUCCUAAUGAUACAGGGCUUCUGAAUGUAAUGAUUUGUCUUUCUCUGGCGUUCUGAGCAGACUUCUCUCUUCUGUGUUAUUAAAGAAGCUGCAAAACUUU